GGAUAAGCGGAAAGCAUUGGUCAACAUGAAGUGGCAGCUCGUUUUUAUUAUCGUUGGGAUAGCAUUUUGGCAGAACACAAUUUCUCAGCAAUCGUCUGCAGCGGAAACGCUGGAAGGAAUAUUGCAUACGUUGUCGGGCGCUCUUAAUCUUGCGAAAAAUCUGCCGAGAACAGUCGACUCUCUGCGACAAUCGCAGCGCGCGCAGGAUGCCGAUCUGGUUCGCGAAAUAACCGAUGUCGUGUUAAGUACCCUGAACGCUACGUCAAUUGCAAUUGGAAAUCUUGCCGCUAGUGCGGAUGUUAGUGGCGAUUCUGUGAAAAUGAACGCCAUCGCGGAUAUUCAGUCUGCUGAACAAUCGUUGGCCCUUCCGGUUGUACAGCUGCAACACGCACUGCAGGAAGUAAGCGCCAAAGGGAUGACACAGGCGUUGAGUAUCCGGUUAGAAUUGAUCGAGAAAACACUACGCGAAAGCACGGUUCAAGUGCAGGCUGAAGUAGCGAAAGCAGAUCGCGUUAAAUUCUAAUGAGGGAAGCACACAUACAUUGAAUGAACUUGUCAAUUGCCAGUUCUAGGAUUUCCCCUCUAGAAACCAGCAACGCAAAAUCAUAAACUAUUUAACAAUUCUUUGAAUGCAAAAUCAUUAAAUAGUGUAAAAAAACUACACCAUCGUUACCUUCACUUAUUUACCAUUAAGGGGUUCUUUCCAUUUUAAUGAAAUAAUAUGAGUUAUUUUAUUUCUGUUGAUCUGUUGGGUCGCUAUCGUAAACCCCACAAACCUCUGCAAAAAUGAAGCGUUUCGGGGAAAGGGCCAUUACUCCACAAAUAAUUGGUAUUUGUUAUGAUCAAACAGGUUUUUUUGUUGUUGAAUAGGUGAACUUUCAGAAAAUUACUA